CGCGAACCCGAUCUGGAUGUCGACUCCGAAGUCUUCCUUCGGAUAAGAAAGCAAGUGGGCGAGCGAAAAGAGGACGCAGAGGAAGGAGAUGGAGGUCGGCAUGUCAAUGCGCUCGCUGGUCCUCCUUCCCCCAUCGCAUCCUAGAGGAGCUCUCUUUCAGGAGGAGUCACGCUUCUUCUUGCGCAGUGGGUCGCCCCUCCCCUACAGCAGCAGCAGCAAGCGUGGGCAGCGGCAAACGCGGCGGAGUCUGCUGGUGGUGGAAGCCAAGGGAAAGAAAGGGAUGACAUCAGGCCGCCAGUUUCAGCGCGCCCCUCCUCCUCUCCCUAAGAUCGAGGACGACGGCAACCCUCGUUUUGUCAUCUUCAUCCGCACCUCCAACGUGUACCUUUGGUACCCUCUUAGUAUAGUUUCUGGUGGCACAACUGCGAAGAUUAUGGUUGCAGCAAAGGAUAACUUUCUUGGAAAAUAUAUCUAUAAAGAUACUAUUGCCAGAAAUCUUGCAGCUGUUAUAUACAAAGAUGAGAAGGAAAUACAAAAGUCAGCAUUUAAGCAAUUCCGUGUUUUGAGAUCUGCUACAUCAUUCAGAUAUGGUUAUAAACUAGUUGAAAAUAAAAAUUUGAGAGCUGCAAUUUCCACCAAUAAUGUUAUUGAGCUCCCACCACAGGAAGAACUAAAAACUGUGGUUGACAAGGUGAAAGACUUCUUUGGUAAUGCUACAACUGGUGCAAAAGAGUCAUUUGGAAAGCUAACUGCCUUGGGCUCAUUGACGGGCGAGGAAUCAGAUUCCAAAUCUGAGGUGAAGAGUUAGGAAAGUUUUCUGAAACCAAGGAUAAAGAUCUCUCAGCCUUGUCUUUUUUUUUUUUUCUUUUUUUUUUUAAAGUUGGUUGUACUCUUAACAGUGAAAACUUUUGUUCAUAUUCGUUGUAGAUCAUUUUGUCUAAUAUUUCAGGCUUUCUCA